AUGAAGUUCCUCGCCCCCUUCUCCCUCCUCGCCCUCGUGGCCCUCAGCUCCGCCCUCCCCCAAGCCUCCGACACCAACAGCACGGAGAUCGGCGACAACGUCAUCGUAGACAUCGGCCCCAUCCCCGCGGCGCCCUCCAACCUGGCCGACGGCAACGCGCCGUCCGUCUCCGGCGACCCCAACGAGCCGGACAGCAAGAAGCGCGGGCUGGCGCCGCUGGAGAAGCGCAGCUUCAAGAUCCAGGUGUGGCAGGAUCCGAGGAAGGGCGGGCGGCACCAGGCGUUGGUUACGGAUGUGCAACACUGCUACAACCUGGGCAACUCCUGGCCCAACGCCAUCUCCUCGCUCUCCGUGCCGCGCGGGCACGGCUGCAUCUUUUAUAAUAGGAAUAACUGCCCUCAGCAUGGUACUCAAUUGACGGUUCCUGGGGGCAACUACAUUAAGAACCUGAAGAAGUACGGGUUCAAUGACAAGAUUAACAGCUACCUGUGCUACAACGGCUGA